CCGCCUGCCGGCUGCAGACGCCUGCGAGCAGGUUGUUGUUUUUAUAAGAGGCGUCAUUGGCUCCCGAGCUGCGACCGCCGCCACUGGGGCAGCCAGCACAAUCGGGCGGAGGUGGCGCUGCCCCUUCAGUUCUAGAAGAUAUAAUGGUAAUGGAAACCUCACCUUUUUCAUAGUAAAAUGUAGCUACCCACGAAUGAUGAGGGGCACCAUCAUAUCAGACCUGAAAGAUGUCUGAAAAUUCCAGUGACAGUGAUUCAUCUUGUGGUUGGACUGUCAUCAGUCAUGAGGGGUCAGAUAUAGAAAUGUUGAAUUCUGUGACUCCCACUAACAGCUGUGAGCCCGCUCCAGAAUGUUCAUCUUUAGAGCAAGAGGAACUUCAAGCAUUGCAGUUAGAGCAAGGAGAAAGCAGCCAAAAUGGCACAGUGCUUAUGGAAGAAACUGCUUAUCCAGCUUUGGAGGAAACCAGCUCAACAAUUGAGGCAGAGGAAGAAAAGAUACCCGAAGACAAUAUCUAUAUUGGAACUGCCAGUGAUGAUUCUGAUAUUGUUACCCUUGAGCCACCUAAGUUAGAAGAAAUUGGAAAUCAAGAAGUUGUCAUUGUUGAAGAAGCACAGAGUUCAGAAGACUUUAACAUGGGCUCUUCCUCUAGCAGCCAGUAUACUUUCUGUCAGCCAGAAACUGAAAGGUGGUGGGAGAAGCUGUGGAAGAUUCCUGAGUGCAUAUGGGGAUGGGAUGAUCAGCUGAAACACCAUGUUCCUAGCCAACUCGCUUUCCAAGUAUUUUCAUCUCAGCCUAGUGAUGAUGAAUCAAGUAGUGAUGAAACCAGUAAUCAGCCCAGUCCUGCCUUUAGACGACGCCGUGCUAGGAAGAAGACUGUUUCUACUUCAGAAUCUGAAGACCGGCUAGUUGCUGAACAAGAAACUGAACCUUCUAAGGAGUUGAGUAAACGUCAGUUCAGUAGCGGUCUCAAUAAGUGUGUUAUACUUGCUUUGGUGAUUGCAGUCAGCAUGGGAUUUGGCCAUUUCUAUGGCACAAUUCAGAUUCAGAAGCGUCAGCAGUUAGUCAGAAAGAUACAUGAAGAUGAAUUGAAUGAUAUGAAGGAUUAUCUUUCCCAGUGUCAACAGGAACAAGGAUCUUUUAUAGAUUAUAAGUCAUUGAAAGAAAAUCUUGCAAGGUGUUGGACACUUACUGAAGCAGAGAAGAUGUCCUUUGAAACUCAGAAAACGAACCUUGCUACAGAAAAUCAGUAUUUAAGAGUAUCCCUGGAGAAGGAAGAAAAAGCCUUAUCCUCACUACAGGAAGAGUUAAACAAACUAAGAGAACAGAUUAGAAUAUUGGAAGAUAAAGGGACAAGUACUGAAUUAGUUAAAGAAAAUCAGAAACUUAAGCAGCAUUUGGAAGAGGAAAAGCAGAAAAAACACAGCUUUCUUAGUCAAAGGGAGACUCUGUUGACAGAAGCAAAGAUGCUAAAGAGGGAACUGGAGAGAGAACGACUAGUAACUACGGCUUUAAGAGGGGAACUCCAGCAGUUAAGUGGUAGUCAGUUACAUGGCAAGUCAGAUUCUCCCAAUGUAUAUACUGAAAAAAAGGAAAUAGCAAUCUUACGGGAAAGACUCACUGAGCUGGAACGGAAGCUAACCUUCGAACAACAGCGUUCUGAUUUGUGGGAAAGAUUGUAUGUUGAGGCAAAAGAUCAAAGUGGAAAACAAGAAACGGAUGGAAAAAAGAAAGUGGGCAGAGGAAACCACAGGGCUAAAAAUAAGUCAAAGGAAACAUUUUUGGGUUCAGUUAAGGAAACAUUUGAUGCCAUGAAGAAUUCUACCAAGGAGUUUGUGAGGCAUCAUAAAGAGAAAAUUAAGCAGGCUAAAGAAGCUGUGAAGGAAAAUCUGAAAAAAUUCUCAGAUUCAGUUAAAUCCACUUUCAGACAUUUUAAAGAUACCACCAAGAAUAUCUUUGAUGAAAAGGGUAAUAAAAGAUUUGGUGCUACAAAAGAAGCAGCUGAAAAACCAAGAACAGUUUUUAGUGACUAUUUACAUCCACAGUAUAAGGCACCUACAGAAAACCAUCAUAAUAGAGGCCCUACUAUGCAAAAUGAUGGAAGGAAAGAAAAGCCAGUUCACUUUAAAGAAUUCAGAAAAAAUACAAAUUCAAGGAAAUGCAGUCCUGGUCAUGCUUGUAGAGAAAAUUCUCAUUCUUUCAGAAAGGCUUGUUAUGGUGUAUUUGAUUGUGCUCAACAAGAGUCCAUUAGCCUUUUUAACACAGUGGUGAAUCCUAUAAGGAUGGAUGAAUUUAGACAGAUAAUUCAAAGGUACAUGUUAAAAGAACUGGAUACUUUUUGUCACUGGAACGAACUUGAUCGGUUCAUCAAUAAGUUUUUCCUAAACGGUGUCUUUAUACAUGAUCAGAAGCUCUUCACUGACUUUGUUAAUGAUGUUAAAGAUUAUCUUAGAAACAUGAAGGAAUAUCAAGUAGAUAAUGAUGGAGUAUUUGAGAAGUUGGAUGAAUAUAUAUAUAGACACUUCUUUGGUCACACUUUUUCCCCUCCAUAUGGACCCAGUCGACCUGAUAAAAAGCAACGUAUGGUAAAUAUUGAAAACUCCAGGCAUCGAAAACAAGAGCAGAAGCACCUUCAGCCACAGCCUUAUAAAAGGGAAGGUAAAUGGCAUAAAUAUGGUCGCACUAAUGGAAGACAAAUGGCAAAUCUUGAAAUAGAAUUGGGGCAAUUACCUUUUGAUCCUCAAUACUGAUUCACAAUUGAGUUAAAUUAGACAACUGUAAAAGAAAAAUAUAUGCUUUGUAUAAUGUUUGGUAUUGAAACUAAUGAAAUUACCAAGAUGACAGUGUCUUUUCUUUUGUUUCUGAGUAUCAGUUUGAUAACUUUAUAUUAUUACUCAGAAUCAUUAGUUAAAAGCCUACUAACCUGCAUUUUCGUGUAGCUUCAUUGAAUUUUUUUUGACACUGGAAAUGUUCAACUGUAGUUUUAUUAAGGAAGCCAGGCAUGCAACAGAUUUUGUGCAUGAAUGAGACUUCCUUUCAGUGUAAGAGCUUAAAGCAAGCUCAAUCAUACAUGACAAAGUGUAAUUAACACUGAUGUUUGGGUUAAAUUUGCAGCAAAGCUUGAGAAAAGUACAUUGUUCUGGAAUUUCAUCAUUAACAUUUUAUAAUCUUACACUCACUUCUUGUCUUUUUGUGGGUUCAAGAGCCCUCUGACUUGUGAAGAAUUUGCUGCCCUCUUAGGAGCUUGCUGACUUGUUUUCAUGUGAAAUUUUUUGCACAUCUGAAUAUCGUGGAAGAAACAAUAAAACUACACCAUGAGGAAAACUAAAGGUCUUUAUUUAAAAUCUAGCAUUGUAUUAACAUGUAAUUUUAUACUAUGUGGUAUUUUAUACAUUUCCUCAGUAGUGAUAUUUGGUAAAGCAGUUCAUACAGCUUUUUUCUAAGUUCCAUGAAUCUUACCCAGUGUUUACCGAAGUAUUUAAGCAGCAUCUGAAUAUUUCCACCCAGCAAAGUUAAUUUAUCUCGGAAAGUUCAGAAUUUCAUCUUCGUGUUGAAUUUCCCUUUUAACUUCCGUUCAUAGACAUAUACGUGACUUCCAAUUCGACCCUCCGGCAAGUGAGUGUGGAAGAAAACAGCAGUUCUGUUAUAAUUGCUUGAAAUUAGGAAAGCGCUUAUUUCCUAGAAGCAAAUAAAUGUUAAAGUAAAUAAAGGCUACAUUUUGCUGA